AUGUGAACAAAAUGUAAACAAAAUACGGAUAAUUUUAUUUACAAAAUGUGCACACAAUAAUUUGUUAACUGAAUAAAAUGUGUUGAAAUAUGGGCAUUUGAAAUCUAGUGAUUAGAGAAAAAUGGGGGGCAUUAGCAGGUGGCUAGACGUAGAGGCGGGAAAUGACGAUAUAGACAUCAAUACGCUACCGUCGAACAUAGCACUUGUCGAUUUACAAAACGACAAUGAAUUUAAACUUGUGGUCGGCGAUUUGGGACGACGAGAAGAGGGGACUAGACUUAAGAUAUUCAAAGGUGCAAUGCAAGUAUCGGACAUAGCUUUACCAGAUCUGCCGUUAAGUGUGGUGAGCCUGUACACCAGUGAGACAUCACCUCGGAGCAUGCCUCUGAUAGCUGUGGCGUUCAGCACUUGUGUGUAUAUUUAUAGGAACUUGAAGUUGUUCUAUAAGUAUUUCCUGCCCACUGUUGAGCUGAAUGCCAGUGAGAUGGAGGUUUGGAAACAGUUAACUAAUCCAGCGAACCGUAAAGAAGAAACCAUCUUAACACUCACAGAAAGCCUCCACAACAUGCCACAAAAGAUUCUAAGCAUACAAUCCCGAGAUUUCCUCUCUUUAACUCUAGAACAGCAGAUGGAGUUUCUGGAAAAUUCCACAGAUAUGCCGAAGAAACGACACAGAGAGAUUGCAUGUAUUACAACUUUGAGAAUGAGCUCUGUUGAUAAGUACUCUGUGAGCUGCUUGGUAGUGGGAACUGAAGAUGGGGAAAUUAUUGUGUUGGAUCCACAGACAUUUACACAGAUUUGUUUGGUAAAGCUGUGUACAGUUAAAAGGACACCAUACCAAAUGGUAGCUACGGGACUCUAUAAUGUAGACUACAGGAUUACUGUAGCCACAAGAGAGAAAAACGUUUGUCUGAUCAAGAGGGAUUGGAAGGAAGGUCGUCAGCUCUUCAGCACGGAGGCACACAUAGUUGCCAUAGAAGUAUUGACUGCAGACAGCAGUGUUAUGGUUAUAUGCACCGACAACACACUCGCUUGUUAUAGCAAGAAGGGCAAAAGGCAAUGGUUGGUGAGCCUAGAACACCGCCCAGUUGCAAUGACUUUGGUGCCGAUCCUGCACUUAGGUGUGACGCUGGUGGCCGUCGCACUCGCAUCGGGACAUUUGCAUCUAUACGAUGGAAAGGCUACUCGAGACACCAUGUUCUUAAGAGAUGUGGUGUCCGUGAUGAAGUUUGGACAACUUGGUCAAGAAGAGCACGUUUUUAUUAUUGUGACAGCUAAUGGUAAUCUGAUGCUAAAGAUCCUAAAAAGGACUGCCGAUUUCAACGCGCAUGCGGCGGGAAUCGAACCCACUGGUUCCACCGUCGCACAGAAGCCCUGGCUCAUACCAAAGAAGUCUAAGUUGUUUCUAGAACAGUCUGCGAGGGAAAGGGAAAACCCUAUAGCGAUGCAUGAAAGCUUCCAACACGAACUGAACAGAUUGAGGCUGGUUGCCGCUAAAACAUUGUUAGAAGCACACACCAAGUCUGAUAACUUCGUAGGCGCGGGAGUGAUGGAGCCUAUAACACUAUCUGCUGAGGUCGAAGGAUUGGGCCCAGUUUUCCGUGUGACGCUGAUAGUUGAAAAUACGUCCCCGGAAAAGGCGGUGAUCGGCCUCUCCAUACUUUUCUACGUCCACUCUACCAAUUACAAGGUCUACAACCCUUAUAUUAAGGUACCACUUCUGGGACCAGGCAACCAAAUAAAAUUCCCCACGAAAAUCGAAGAGAUCUUCAACGAGAAUGUAAACCCGGAUCUAUUUUUCCGCAACGUCACCGGCCAAGCAGGGGAGGGGUCCUUGAUCAAAGUGCUUCUCCUGAAGGAGGGGAAACCGAACCCCGUACUAGCGGCAACGGUCACCAUGCCACCCACUGAUCCUAUGAUGAUACCGUAUGAUAAGAUACAGACGACGGAUUUUGGGCAAAAUGAUAAUAAAUAAAUGAAAUAACUUU